CGUAAGUGGAAACACAGGUUAAGUUUUUCUCCAAAAAAACGCAUGAGCGCGUGUUACGGUGUGCUUUAGAUAAGAUUUAGCUUGUGUUUUAAUUAAUUCAAUGAGACAGGUGUAAACACAUAAUCUAACCAAGAUGUUAACUCCACGUUUCAAAUUAUCCCAAGACAACAAUCAUAUUUUUAUUAAUAUAAAUGCACCAUACACAAACCUUGGAGAUACAGAGAUCGACGUUGAAGGAGAAAAUUUUCUUUUUGUUUCAAGUCCAUAUUUCUUAAGAUUACGUUUGCCUGGAAGGAUAGUGGAUAAUGAUUUCUCAAAAGGUUCAUAUACAUGUGACUCGGGUGAUUUCAAUCUUACAUUCGAUAAAGAAACACCAGGGGAACACUUUGAGAAUUUGGAUAUGAUCACGAGUUUGUUAGCACCGCGAGAUAUACCAGAUAUCAACCCUGGUUUAGUAGAAAUGUUAGAAGAGGACGGAAUAACUUUGGAAAACGAUGUUGAAUGCGAUAACUCCAAUUCUUUCGCAUUUGGUUUUGCUAAUAAAGUCACCACUGAAUUUAGCAACAUUGGCUCAGAAUUUCCGCAGAUAUUUGAAUUGAGAGUGCCCGAAAGCGUCUCAAUAAUUGAUCGGCAUGACCUUAGAAUAAAAUAUGAGAAUGAUAAGUUCUCCUCUGAUCAUUAUUUGGCUGAUCUAUUUGAUGAGGAAUUACUGGCUCCGUAUUUAACAGCGGUCCCAUUCUGGAACCUGCCUGAAGUGAAAAAGGCUGUUGAAUUUACUGAGGAAGAGGUGUCCUUACUGAAAGAGCUACCGAACAAGCAUUAUUUGUUGACUAAGAAGGAAUACCGUCAGGUGUUAUUAGGGCUUGUUGACAUUCUAUAUGGAUAUUGCUAUGAAAAAAGAACAACCCUCAAUGACGACUCUAUAGAGUCAAGCUGGACUGUAAAUAAGCUCUCAUCUACGCUCAGCUGGUUCUGUGUGUUUAAUGAUAUAAAACAAGUUCUGACAGCAUGUUACAGAAGAGCGUUAGUAUACCCCAUAUUCAGAAACUUUGAACUGUGUAAGAAGGUUAAAAAUGAUGUUGUAGCACUCUUCCGCAGAGGCAAGAAAUUCAUAGUCCAGUGUGUAAUUGACAUACACCAACUGUUUAACACAAGUCAUGAUGCCAGAUACAUAUUGAACCAACUUUACAUUAAAGAUUAUUUAGUGUUCCUACAAAAAUGCCGAAGCGAGGAACUGGACGAACUAUGUAACAAUAUAGCUAAUAUUGAACUAUCGAAAGCAGAUUUAGAUUUGGAAUUAGAACAGUAUGAACAUGCAGCUCAAUUGGUGAAACAUGAAGAGACAGAAAUUAUGGAAAAUGAAGUGGCAGUGCGUAUGGCAUCCAUGUCGCUCCUGCCCGAUUUGAAUAGGAAUAAUGCUAGAUAUAUAGAUGAAAGUGAUGAUGAGAGUGAUACAUCAUCAGAUUCAAGUGAUACAUCUUCCGAGGAGUCUUCGGACGAACUGGAUUCUGAUGAUGAUCCAUGAAAGUUCGAACCUUUAAGGUUAUUGUAUCCCAGUGUGUAAGACUACGAUAUGUAGGUAAAGUGGGAUGUUGGUGAAAAAUUGACAAUGUUGAAUAUGAUGGGCAUUGGUAGAAACAAUUGAAGGAUACAGCUCAUUAUGUACCAAAUAUAUACUGGAUUGUUCAAAGUUAUAGCUUUCAUAAUUAUUUAAUAGUUACUUCAUGCUUGUCAAAGCAUUGUGUAAUACAUUGAAUAAAUCAACAAAAAUAUGUUAACUUCACUGUUAUGUUAUUGCUCCAAAUCUAAGCAAAAUAAGUUGCUAAAGAUUUUAUUCAACAUACUUAUUGAUCUGUAACAUUGAAUGCUCAGUCAGAAAACAAUAACUAUGUUCAGCCCAGUAUACAAAUUAUUCCCGAGCUUGAAUGUUGUGAAGACUGAAUAGUUUACAUGUUACUAAAGAUGUUAUUGUGAUGUAUUGUUAGUUAUAAACAUGUAUGUAUUAGUGAAUCCAUUUUAUACUGCACCACUUUUAUGUUUUCACAUUUAUCCAAUAAGUGGUGAAUUCAGCCUUGUGUACAGUUAGCGGUUAAUUUAACUAAGACAAGUUUAAACUCUGGUUAAACAUUAACACCUUAGCAAUAUUUUUUAUCAGUUAAUAGUUGGAAGUGGAACAGACUGCGGAGAUAAAGUUCUGUAGGUUUGAAACCCAAACAUCUGGCUUUUCUAAAGUUAUGUGUAUAUUCAUUGUAAGUUAUAGCUUGCUUUGACAGUGAAGGAAAUCAUUAUGAAAACUGGCAUACUUGAAUAGUUCUGUAUAAGAAUUUUGAGGGAAUGUAUAUAUAUGAUAAAUAAUACAAUAUCAGCCCUUUAUUAUAUACUGUUCCAUUGUUGUGCUUGGGCCUCUUCUACUACUGUUCUCAGGAGGUAGUAGUAGUUAGUAGGGAUUAAGCCUUAGUUCACCAUGCUGACCUAGUAUGGAUUGGUAGAUUUAACACACCCUAAAAAUUCCUAUAGAAAACUCAGGUGUGUAGGUUUCCUUAGGUUGUUUUGCUUCAGAUACAAAGAAUACACACAUAAUUUCGGAAAAAUAAGAGGUGUGUGCCCUUAGGAUUUGAACCUGCAGAGAUUUGUCUCAGCAGUCCGUUCCACACCCAACUAAGCUGUCGCCACUUAUCGCCAAUCUGCACUAGGUCAGUAUGGUGGACUAAGACCUAAUCCCUCCUAGUAGUAACGUUAGCCCAGGGCCCACAGAGGCACAAUAAGUUUAUAAUACAGUGCCAUUGUUGUAUUACAUAAUAAUCAUUUUAAUUAUUAUAUAUACUGGUUUUUUAAAUAAAUAAUUACCCUGGAGUUAUGUACUUAUGUGUAGAUUACUUUUAUGAAUGUAGUAUGUUGAAUAUAGCUAAUUAAUAUGGAAAUAUUUCGACUAAAUAUCUAUAAUAUACAUAAGAUCAAAGUUUCAUUGAUUGAUAUUGGAAUAUGAUAUAAAUGAAAUAAUUAGUUUCAUAGUCAUACAUAACUUUAUAUUAUGCUAUUUAUAUAAUAUCCUUCAAGUCUACAUAAAUGAUUUCUAGUAAGAUAUCUCAGUCGUAUUGCAAGCAGUAACAAUGCUCUAUUAUGUAAAUUCUUAGUUCCUGAUUGGACCGUGAAUAAAAUAUUUUUAAAUCAAAUUGUAUGGAAAUUAUAGCUACCACUAUAGUUUUAUCUUUUUAUACAACCAAGAGAUUGUGAAAAUGUUGGGAUGUUUGUUAAAAAGUUAACACAGUAACCACUGAAUGAAUUUGGAUGAAAUUUAGCACAUAGGUAAACCAUGACGUAUGGAAAAAGAUAGGCUACUUUGUAUCCCAGCAAUUUGCGCCCAUGGGAAAAAAAUGAUAUUUUGAAUCUGAUUUCUUUAAUUAGAUUGCGCUGGCGUCUUACAAUGUUUAAGGACUUUUGUAGUGAGGAAGACUUUUCACGCGGGCGAAGCAGCGAGUAACACAAUAAAAAAAGUUCAAGUUUAUUAACGAUUUAUUAGCAAAAACCAAUUGUAUGUAAAACUAUUGUAUUCAUAAAUUAUCAUUCAAAAUGUUUGGUGCUUUAUUGUUUCAAAUCUUUCUCAUUAAUAAAUAAAUAUUAAUUAUUUGGGUUGCAUAAUGGAUUACUAGGAUAUUGUCAUAUUGGUGUACCUAUAUUGUCUAUUAUAUGCAUAGACCACGUAGGCUACAUGCCGGCGAAAUACAAUAUAAAUCUUUUAAUAUCUAAGAGCUAUUAUUCCGUGAAAACUUAUUGUAUUAUACCUAUAUCCUAUCCUUAGGUAUUGAUGUACAUUACAGAAUAUUGUACUUAA